AUGUGUUUCGCUCCAGACGUAUGUGAUAUUGUGCCCGUUGCCAAAAUGGCAUCCAGGUUCGUCAACUAUUUAAGCCCUCAACAAGAAGCCGAGCUAGCUGACAUUGCCAGGAGAUUGGUGGCACCAGGAAAGGGUAUUCUAGCUGCCGAUGAAUCCAUCUCAACAUGUGGCAAGAGACUGCAGGAAAUAAACGUAGAGAACAGCGAGGACAACAGGAGGCGAUAUCGAGAGCUGCUGUUUUCAUGUGAAGACGCCAUGGCCGAGCACGUCUCUGGGGUUAUCCUGUUUGACGAGACCGCUAGGCAGUACGAUUCGUUUGGGACACCGUUUGUUAAAUGUCUGGAACGGAAAGGAAUUAUACCUGGAAUCAAGGUUGACAAAGGAGUUGUACCUCUUGCUGGCACACACGGCGAAAGUACAACGACAGGGCUGGAUGGACUGAAGGAGCGAUGUGAUGAGUACAAGUCAAUGGGCAUUCAUUUUGCCAAGUGGAGAUGCGUUCUAAAGAUUUCCAAAUUCACUCCUUCCUAUUUAGCAAUGCUGGAGAAUGCCAAUGUUCUAGCCAGGUACGCCAGCAUCUGUCAACAGUCGGGUCUGGUGCCCAUUGUGGAGCCCGAAGUGUUACCUGAUGGAGAUCACGACCUGGAGACUGCCAGAAGGAUCACAGAGGAAGUGCUUGCAUUCCAAUACAAAGCUCUUGCUGACCACCACGUGUUCUUGGAGGGGACACUUCUAAAACCUAACAUGGUCACAGCUGGUCAGAGCUACCAAGGACGGUACAACAGUCCUGAAGACAACGCAAUGGCCACCGUGCAAGCUUUAUAUCGAACUGUCCCGGCUGCUGUAGCUGGGGUUGUCUUCCUGUCUGGAGGUCAAGGAGAAGAAAGCGCUACCAUCAACCUCAACGCCAUCAAUAAGGUUCCUUUGCGGCGCCCGUGGCCGCUAACGUUUUCCUUCGGACGUGCUCUACAAGCCAGUGUGCUACAGGCAUGGCAGGGUAAAGAUGAGAACAGGAAACAUGCUCACGACGAACUCCUGAAGAGAGUUAAGGCAAACGGACUGGCAGCUCAGGGCAAAUACCAAGGAGGGUUAGAAGGAAUGGCAGCGGGUAAGUCCUUAUUUGUCAAGGACCACGCUUAUUGA